UUCGGAUUCGGAACAAGUCAAUGUUAUUGCAAUAAAGUAUAUAGUUGAUCUAUUUAUCAAGACAUUAUGAACGUAAUUGAGGUGUUUGAUGGUAUCCUAUCAUCGACCGAUUCUGAUAGUGAUGAACAAAGUGAUGUACAUGAAAUGUUCGAUGACAUUUUCGAUGAUUCUGAAGCCAAUAAUCAUCGUAUUCCACGAGUUGAAAAUUUUGUAGUUAAUGUUGUACACAACCUCAAACCUCACAUAGUCACAUGGCAUGCUCAUCGGUCAGCAUCGCGGAAAUCAGCUCGCCUAACCGUCUAUUGUUUACACGCGCUGAACGUCGUUCAGUCGGUUAGCGUAGGGCUACCAACCUAACUACUAACCGAAAUUUCAUUUCCGAACAUACUCAGGAAGGUCCAAGAGAGUCGACGAUCGGACGACGACAGAGCUGAGCACUCAGUUCAAUAUGGAAUAGUGGCAGUGCGCGUCGUCGGCCGUGUACUCUUCCCUCCGUAACGACAACAACAACUACUACUUCCUCCUCGACACUCGACAGUCGUCCCUUGCCAGUUGUCGAGACUCGUAAGUACGCGUAUACUGUUGGACACACGAUCGUGUAGUAGAACGUCAACGCUGUUGAGUGUGAGGAUAAGAAGAAGAACAACAAAGAACAACAACACGAUUCGGGACAGAAACGUAGAAUCGGACAUAUAACCCUGCGCUCUCGAGGUUUAUGCAAAAUCUCGCCCGCAACGUGGACGCGCUGACGCAAGGCCUCAAGUACAGCAUAUCCGGACUCAUGAACCUCGCGCAGGCUACCGAUCCUGAGAACGCUGUGUUCUUCGUCAAUUUCAACCAGGACUGCUCGUCGUUAGCCGUUGGAUCGAAGGCGGGCUACAAAAUCUUCUCACUCAGCUCCGUCGAUCAUCUCGAGAAGAUCUUCGAAAACGGUGAGUGUGCAUCGAGGCCACAAAACGAAGAUGUAUGCAUUAUUGAGCGAUUGUUCAACAGCAGCCUCAUUGCUGUGGUCAGCGCAUCAUCCCCCCGUAAACUGAAAGUCUGCCACUUCCGGAAGGGCACUGAAAUAUGUAACUACAGCUACUCCAAUACCGUACUUGCUGUGAAGCUGAACAGAGCUAGACUAGUAGUAUGCUUGGAGGAGUCGCUGUAUAUUCACAACAUAAGGGAUAUGCAGGUGCUGCACACCAUACGUGACACACCACCCAAUCUGGCUGGCCUUUGCUCAUUAUCCAUCAACAGUGACACCAGUUACUUGGCUUAUCCAGGUUCCAAUACCAUUGGUGAAGUCCAGAUAUUCGAUGCCAUGAAUCUUCAAGCAAAAACAAUGAUUCCAGCACACGACAGCCCAUUGGCUGCUCUUGCAUUCAGCCCUAAUGGAACAAAAGUGGCAACAGCCUCUGAAAAAGGCACUGUAAUCAGAGUUUUCCACGUUAAUGAUGGAACAAAGCUCUUUGAAUUUCGGCGAGGAGUAAAAAGAUGCGUGACCAUCAGCAGUCUAGCUUUCAGUAUAGAUUCUAUAUUUUUGUGCUGCUCUAGUAAUACCGAAACAGUUCAUAUAUUCAAAUUGGAAGAGCCAAGAGAAGUUCCACAACAGCAGCCAGACGAAGCUCAAAGUUGGAUGGGAUACCUCACAAAGGCUGUGUCUGCUUCUGCAAAUUACUUGCCUUCGCAGGUCACAGAUGUGUUCAAUCAAGGAAGGGCUUUUGCUAGUGUGCACUUACCUUUCCAGGGACUCAAAAAUGUUUGUGCCAUUGCCACAAUUCAAAAGGUGCUCAGGUUGCUAGUAGCAAGUGCCGAUGGCUACCUUUACGUUUAUAACCUUGAUACUAGUGAAGGGGGAGAUUGCCCUUUGUUCAAACAACAUAGGUUAGAUGGUAAACAAGAUGAAGUUGACUGUGCUAGUGUUUCGGCUGCUGGAUCAUGCUCAGGUGAAUCCUCAGCUCAGACCGCACCGCAAACUGUGCAGAACACAGCCUGCAUAAAUAGCUACGCGGGUGCGUUGCGCGGCCGCUCGCCAGACUCCAUGUCAGGUACUGAGUCUGAGAAGUACCACGAGAUCAUUGCGGCAACGGAGAGUCCGCCGAAGGGCGAUGGCACCUUCCGGCUGGACGACGACGCCGAGUUUCCACCGGUAACUCAGCGCACCGACUGAGCCGUUCCAGCCAUCUUCGACCGCAGUCACAUAUCAACAGCAACAGUGGCCCCAUCGUCGUCGUCAUCGACUUGAUUUCCCCCUUUUGUACAUUGUUUUUUCUCUUAUCUUACCGCGUUUUUCCCUUUCUCGUGUGUAUAUAUUAUUAUGUCGCUUUGUGCGUCGCCGCCGCUUUAGGAUAUCUAGCAAUCUCGAGUAAGAAGACCGUUCGAUGUUUUGUACGAGGAGCAAUUGGAAUUUUUUAUACAUUCGAGACGAAGUAGUCUAUAGUUUUGCGAUGCGGCUUUCCUUGUUAAUUGCGAUUGACGCGACGACGAUGUGUGGGUAUGUCUUCGAUUCCGAAUGACUAUUUUUAAUCGUUGGUGCCAACGCAUACACACACAGACACGCAGGUGUAGAAAACGAUUUCUCGGAACGCGUCCGCGUUACACUUUUUUUUUCACACGUUCCUGAAAUUCGCAUAACGCGCUCGAAAUUCUUUGCUCAAAAAUAAAUAUGCUGACACGAUUUAUUCCCUUGAUUCUUGUCCUACUUUGUUUUCUUCGUAAAUGAUGUACGCGAUAACGGCGAAUGAGUAAAUUCAAUGCAUUUGUACAUAAACAUAACUACAACUGUAUUAUUUAACAGCUCCAUGUAAAUUCACUAGCGUUAUUAGAGCUUGAUACAGCAGUCUUUGAAUAACUGUAUAUAAUUAUAUGAAUUUCGAGUGCAACAAUUUAAUAAAGAUCUAAAACGCAAGUCGAUUUGGAGCGACUUCGAAACGAGAAUCGGACGAUAUCUAGGAAUAAAUUUAUAGAGGACAAUUUUAUUUUAUUUUUCUCUUGUAUCUGAAGGGUGAAUGCUGCAUCUCAUUUUAUCUGUAAGUCGAUUAUACUAGGAAAUAAAAAAAAGUGCACUCGCAUUUGUCGUAUGAUAUUCGUAGCUCAUGUUUGUGUGACACUUAAUCAAACGGAUUGUACGAGCGAGUGUUUAAAUUUAGCAGCACAUUGGACGAAAGUGUUAAGUAACUUAGGAUCAAGAAUGUCUCAUUCGCGUUUUGUACUGAAUCUUGUUUGGUGAAUAGUUUUACUUUUAUAUUGAACGAAAUGAGAUAACGCAAAAACGAUAAAAUUGCUGAAUGAUUGUAAAUAUUUUCAAAGAUUUAUGCAUUAAAGUUACUAUAUGUGUCAGA